AUGAUUGUCAUUUAGUCCGACAUGGCUUUUACUGAGAUAAUCAUAGCUGUUGCAUAUUUUUUGCAAGUGAGUAUUGCACAGGUUAACAAUGGACAGCCUUUUAACCAAAACUUGAAGCUAAACAAUGUUGGGGAGUCCGACAAAGGCCUCCAGAAUAUAGCAGACAACUCAAACUUUCGAAGAAAUUACAUCAAUUUUGCAGAAAAUCGUCUAUCUCAGAGCAAGUUAUCACAGAAUCGGCUAUCCGAUUUCUUUAAUCAGAAGGCUUCACCACUAGAAAACUACCAAAAUACAAUUUUUACUAACAACCCCAGUCAGUUUUUGAAUACACGGCAGCAAAACGUAGAAACACAAGAUGUGUCAUCAGCUUUGUGGGGCAGACAGGACGCAAAUCUAGGUAACAACGUAAAUCUCACUCCUUCUAAUGAAUUACCGUUGACAUCUAAUAUUUUACCUGCACCUAACAUCGCGAAUAAUUAUCUGAUGCCCACUGCUCCCAGCACGCAAGUAAUUAUUCCCCCCUCUUUAACGAUAUCAACAUCGUUGCCUUCAUUUGUACCGAAGGCUCUUCCGACCACAAAUUAUAUCAAAUUACAACCGAGGAAUCAAUUGACUCACGAUACAAAUUCAAACAAGGUAUUUGCAGCUAUAGCAGAACCUCCCAAAAUCACUACAAAUGCUGCAAAUUACUAUUACGUCCCACCGAAUCCUCCUAGUGUUAGUAGUCAAAAGUCGUUAAGUAUGAAGACGUUACUGCCUUUGAUAUUGAAUCUACUGAACGAUAAAAAUGACGAGUGCUCGUGUUGCUCUCAUUGUCAUCGUCGGAAUAGUAGACACAAUUUGGGAGAAAUACCUCUUAUCGACACUGGAUAUUCGAAGCAGAGAACUUAUGGACCCCCGUCUGAUGAGAGCUAUGAAGACAGCGUAUCGGAAGAACAAAUUAAUGACACAGAAAAGAAAAAUGAUAAGUCUUAUAGAAAACGCAAAUACCGCAGGAAUGAUCUUUCUAAUGAAGACAAGGAAAGCCAAUCUGACGAAGAUUAAUUGAGCAAUAUUUUAGCCAGAGAUCUGUUUAAUGUGUACGAAACUUAUUUAUUUUAAAAUAAAUAGGUAAGCUUAAA